GAGGGGACGGCUCCCGACGCCGCAGCGCCACGCACGACUCCCGGAGCCGCUGUCUGGUCCCCCCCCCCUCUCCACCCCUCCACCAACCCACCAAGGUCAGUGGAGAAGUGAACACAGGAUGGCUGCUCUGCAACGUUUCAGGAUUCACUGAUCCUUUUUUUUUUUUUUAAAGUGGAUUUAAUCACCCUAAAUGUUUUGUGCCCCCCACCCCACCCCCCCUCGCUGAUGCAGACAGCUCGGCGGCUCGCAUGUCCUGAACGCGGGGAAUGAAUUGCUCGUCGCGAGCGGGACCCUGAAAGAAAAUGCUGCUCUGGGUCGUCCUGCUGAAUGCGGCUCUUUGUGUUGCCAGCGGAAAUGUCACGAGGGACGUGUGCAAGGAGCGCGUGUGCUCGUGCGGCGACGUGGAGGGCGACCUGCACGUCGACUGCGAGAAGCGGAGCUUCAGCACGCUGCGGCACCUCGCCGGCCCCAGCUCGCAGUUCUACCACCUGCUCCUGCACGGCAACUCGCUCUCCCGGCUCUUCCCCAACGAGUUCGCCAACUUCUACAACGCCGUGAGCCUGCACCUGGAGAACAACGGCCUGCACGACAUCGUGCCCGGCGCCUUCCUGGGGCUGCAGCUCGUCAAGAGGCUGCACAUCAACAACAACAAGAUCCGGGCGUUCAAGAGGAGCACCUUCCUGGGUCUGGACGACCUGGAGUACCUCCAGGCGGACUUCAACCUGCUGAGGGACGUGGACCCCGCGGUGUUCAGGGACCUGAACAAGCUGGAGGUGCUGAUCCUGAACGACAACCUGAUCAGCGCGCUGCCCCUCAACGUGUUCCAGCACGUGCCCAUCACGCACCUGGACCUGAGGGGGAACCGGAUCAAAACGCUGCCUUACGAGGGGAUCCUGGAGCAGAUACCGGGCAUCGCGGAGGUCCUGCUGGAGGACAACCCGUGGGACUGCAACUGUGAGCUGGUGUCGUUAAAGGAGUGGCUGGACAACAUACCUCGCAACGCGCUCAUCGGCAGGGUGGUCUGCGAGGCCCCCACCCGGCUGCAGGGCAGCGACCUGAACGAGACAGCAGAGGCGGAGCUGUGCCCCUCGCAGAGCGGGGGCCUGGACACCAGCCUGGCGGCCCCCCCUACGCAGGAGGAGACGGCGCAGAAGGGCCAGCCUCGCCCCACGCCUUUCAAAGACGCCCCCACGCCCCGCGGCCCCAAAAGCCACUCGAAGUCUCGCGAGAACUGGCAGCUGAAAACGAAACCCACUCCGGUGGCGACGGGCGUGAACGACGACGGGGAGCCGCCGCACAACCUGACGUGCCCCCAGCCGUGCAGCUGCAAGCUGGUGGGCUCCAGGCGGGGGCUGGGGGUCAACUGCGAGGGCAAGAAGAUGGAGAGCCUGGCCGGACUCAAACCCAAACCGCUGUCCGCCCACGAGCUCAACAUGAGGGACAACAACAUCCACGCGGUGAAGAGGAACCAGCUGCUGGGCUACGCUAGCUUAAACCUGCUGGAUCUGGGGGGGAACAACAUCAAGGUGAUCGACAACGGCACGUUCCAGAACCAGAGCGAGCUCCGAUGGCUCUACUUGGAUAAGAACUACCUGGAUACUCUGGUGGCUGAGAUGUUCGUGGGCCUGCUGAAUCUGGAGUACCUCAGUUUGGAAUACAACGACAUCCAGCUGGUGGUGGCGGGUGCCUUCAGCCCCAUGCCCAACCUGAGGGUGCUGUUCCUCAACAACAACCUGCUCAAGGCGUUACCCACGGACGCGUUCCUCGGGAUUUCUUUAUCCAAAAUCAGCCUGCAUAACAAUUACUUCCCCUACCUGCCCGUGGUUGGCGUGUUGGACCAGCUCAGCUCCAUCAUCCAGAUCGACCUGCACGGGAACCCUUGGGAUUGCUCGUGCAACAUCGUGCCCUUCAAGCAGUGGACGGAGAAGCUGGGGGCCGACGUGAUUGUCAGCGACCUCAAGUGCGAGUCCCCCGAGGAGUUCUGGAAGCGGGACUUCCGCCACGUCCGGAACGACCUCAUGUGCCCCAGGCUGUACGAGCGCGCGCUGCCGACGGCGCCUUCCAAGAACGCCACCUACGCCCAGGACUCGGGCGGCACGCGCUCGAACUCCUACCUGGAGCCCAACCGGGUGUCCAUCUCCGUGCUCGUCCCGGGCCUGCUGCUGGUCUUCGUCACGUCGGCUUUCACGGUCGUGGGGAUGCUCGUGUUCAUCCUGCGCAACCGCAAGCGCUCCAAGCGGAGGGAGGGGAACUCCUCCGCGUCGGAGAUCAACUCCUUGCAGACGGUGUGCGACUCGUCCUACUGGCACAGCGGGCCGUAUCACGCGGACGGCGGCGCGCACCGGGGCUUCGACUGCACCACGCACCUGUCGGUUGCAAACGACGCGUGAAAAAGGAAAAACGCAGGAUUACAAACUCAAAGAGAAACUUAUUUAACGCUCCCAUCUGUAACAUACGCACUCCUUUCUGCCGCAGUCCAGAUCUACGAGACAGAAUAUACGAAGAGAGCGGAGGAGAACCACGAGACUGAGUGUGUGUGUGUGUGUGUGUGUGAAAGAGAACAAUCAGGGGAAUGGUGCACGAACGCAUGAAUGUACAUGUAAAUACUCUGGACUGAUGUAUCAUAAAAAAAUGCAUGAUGACGAUGAUAAUCCGCAUGGUUUCAGACACACGACGGCGAGGAACCAGAACCACCGACAAAGAGGCAAACUGUCCAUGCUCUAUCAAUAUGACCACAAUAUAUAUAUAGAUAUUAAGAAUUAUAUAUAUACAAAAGUGCCAUUUCUCUAUUUUUUGUGAAUUAGGAUUUGUAUUUGUUGUUUCGAACGGGGUGGAAAAAAAAAAUCUAAUUAAUCCGAGCGGCUGUCGGUGCAUGUUUCUUUUACGUUCUCCUUCGUUUAAUUCGGUUUAUCGUUUCCCCGAUUAUUGACGCGGAUAUUUAUACUUCGGUGGGGAACCCGACGUCAUCAUCUCCUUUAUGAAUGUAAAAAAAAAAAAAACGAGAAGAAACUAAACCUGUUGUUCUGUUGAAAUAUGUGCCAAUUUGUUUUUGUUUGUUUGUUUGUUUGUUUGCGGAUGUGGCAGACGAGCAUGAUCGGUUUACAGCACCCAGAUGCUUCUGCUGCAGAACUUCAUGUAGCUACAGAAACAGUCCAGCGGGGUUUAAUCGUGAAUAACCGUAGCCUAAUGUUUGUGAGAGGAGGAAAAAAACAAAUUGAUUUUUCAAAAAUACGAUGGUAAAAUUAAUUGAUUUCCUGUUGGAAGCAGGGCCGUAAUUCAAAGGGUGGAUUGAGGGGGAUGAGCCCAUUUGAGACGCAG